GGAUUGUGUGUCAUGGUCUUGAUGACGUGGAAUGAUCCGUUCACCUGGCAAGAAAGACUGGCAGAACUCCAGCGGGCAGGAGCUACACGCCCACCUCCUGAGCUGUCAAUCAUUGGCAGGAGCCGCAGUGUGGUGGAGCUCGUCCUGUGAUGCUGACGGCGCGCGGCGCGCCGGAGUCGAGGGUCGCGGGCUCCAGCCUCGGUCUGUCCGUGGGACGGACGGCUCCCACGAUGCUCCGGGCUCCAUGUCUCCUCCUCCUCCUCCUCCUCCUCCUCCUCUUCCUCCUGCUGCGCUCCGGACUGUCCGAGCGGGCGCGCGCGCUGGAGAGGAUCGACCAGGACGCGCCUGAACUCAGGUGCGGCGAGGGUUUGACAGACUGCCACAUGAGCUCAGUCUCUCCAUACUCCGCUGUCCUGCCUGAUCCUAACGAUGCAGUGGACGUCACACGCGUGCAGCUCCAAGUGAUGCUGUGCUGUUCGGCCUCACGAGACUGUGAGCCUUGCCUGCGAAUCGUCAUCACUGUCAAACCUGCAGAACAGGUUCCCGAGGAGUCAGGUGAACACACUGAUGAAGAGGAGUUAUUUGGCAUGAAUCAGAAGGAACAGGGAAGUGGUGAGAAUGUGCUCCCUGAACCACAAGCUUUGGUGAAAGUGUAUCUCAGCUCCCCAGGCAGCAGUGAAAUUUGGAGGACACUCCAGUUCCAAACUUCUCAACAGCCCUCCCAUAUGCGAAUGCAGCUGUCGUUGACAGCGGCAGUGGCGUUUGACAGUCCUGUUGUGGUUCAUGUCUACGCACAUUCAAAGGGAACAGGCAACAUCCAAAACAUCACAGUCCCAUCUUUAGAAGAAGUUUGCUCCACGGACCUAGAGGGCACUGUAAAGGAAUGUGACGCUCCCAGACUCCGAGCUGAGACUGAUCACAGGAACAACCUGGUCCUCAUCCAGCUGGAAAACACUGAAGCCAGACGAGACGAUCUCAUGUAUCAGAUGAUGUGGAAUGAAAUACCCGGAGAGAUUCUUGCAUGGCCCAAAGGCAAGAGAGAAAUUGUGAUAUCUUCAAACUUUGUUGCAUCAUGUCUAUGCUUCCAGGUGUGGCGGAAGGGAAAAGCACUUCGAAGAGAAUUCUGUCCGUUCAAAAACCAACGAGAGGUACUUGAAAGAAUGCAGCACAAUGUGUCCGUGUCCAUGGUGGAGAUGCAGCUGAGGGAGGGCGGCACAGGGCUGAGCUGGAAUGUGGGCGCCCCCUGUAGACUGGAGGCAGAGGUGCGGCUGUGCAAGAGAGACCCUGCAGGAGGCCCGUGUGAGGAGGUGAGGGGCUCCAGACAGCGACUCCACAACCACGCAGGCUGGCGUGCAACACGCAAUGGACACUGGAAUACAGGAGAGUUCAACGUGUCGUCACACCCUCUGCUUUGCGUUCAGAUAAAGAUACAUGGGAUGGAGUCAUACCUUGAGCCCCAGUGUCCAUUUGCUAAAUCUCGAUGGCGAUGGAGCCUGCCACUCCUCAUUGGAUUAUUGCUGAUGUGUUUGGCCAUACUAGGAGCCUAUUUUGUACAAGGGGUUCUGAAAGGCUUCGUAUGGCGAUGGUUGAAAGAAGACGAUGUUAAAGGUGCAGUGGGCGGUGGUCAUGUGGUGUUGCUGUACCCGGCUGACGACAACCAGACUUUGCCAGGGCUGAUGUGUCACCUGGGCUCGUCCCUCCAGGCCCUGGGCUUCAGUGUGUCUCUGGACCUGUGGAGCCAGGCUGAGCUCAGCGUCCUGGGCCCCGUGCCUUGGCUCCAUUCAAGACUGGACCGACUCAAAAGGCAGGGGGGCAAAGUGGUGUUAGUCCUGACCCAGGCCGCCUGGAUGAGGGCCGAAGAAUGGGGAGCUCAGAGCUGGGAGAGAAACACUCCCAGGAACGGGACUAGACACAGGGAGGAAGAGGAGGCAGGAAGACGCUUCCCUGCUUCUUCUCCCUGUGUAGACGUUUUUAGUGCGUCAUUGAGCUGCAUACUAGGAGACUAUUUACAGGGCCGCGCUGGUGAGCGGUUCAUGUUGGUGCAGUUUGAAUCACUUCCACCAGAGUCUCAAGGCGGUUUCUGGCCGCUGCCAGAACUCUUUCGUGGCCUUCAUGUCUACAGCCUCCCCUCCCAGAGCCUGGGUUUUCUGACGGAGCUGGCCGGAGCUCAGCAAAUGGCCACUGCAUCAGCCAGACGGAAGAGGGCAGGGGGGCUCAGGGUGGCAUCCCGAGCUCUGGCAAGAGGGCUGUCGGGGUUCCCAGCAGGGACAACAAUAUUACACUUUACAGGAGUGUCCCAGAGUUGUGUUGGGGUCGGUGUAGAAGAGUCUGGGGAAACGGUGCCGUUGCAGCCGUGUCUUAUCACGCCUCCCGUCAGCACGGACACAAGCCCCAGGGUGAAAUGGAACGGGUUUGACAGCAGGAGAGGACAACCCAUGACCAAGCCUCAGUUUUCGGAUGAGCAGUUUGAAAUGACUUGAAAGGACCUGACGUAAUACUCUGGGAGAUGCUCAUGAAAAUCAUUAUUAGUUUUGAGCUUUUGCGUUUGCCGAAACUAAACACUUUGGGUCGCGUAGCUGUUGCAGUUGUUGCUGUUGUUUGGCGGCAAAAACAAACAUUAUUCAAAUAAACGCUGGGCUGUUCUGGCUUCAUCUGUUGCUUCUCCACAGAAAUUGAAGUGCACAACGUUAAAUCCAAACACUAAGAAAAUAAACAGAAAAAUAAUACAUAGAUUAAAUACAAAGGGGCCUGUGGUGAAUAUAUUUCAAAGACACCUCACUGCUUUUCAGUCUUUAACCAUCGUGUGUGUUUAUUAACUAGUAUCUGACACUCUUUGUACAUGUAGAGUAUAUUAACUGGCUUUGUCCAGGAGGCAGGAUUUUGAUACUCAUCAAGUGGGAUUGAUUAAAUUAUUUCUUGAAUAUUG